GUUGCGCACAGCGAGCGCGUAGGAGCCUCUAUCCUCAGAUAAGAAUGUGUAGCCGUCUCCUCAGCGCUCUGCUCUCAUCCGACGUGUGCGCUACGGCGCCCAGAACCUCAUUGCUCUCAACGGCGCUAGAUCCAUUGUAUCUUAGUUUCGAGUCUUCAAGCAAGCGGCAGGAUGAUUCAAACAGUGCAGGAACAAUGGCGGAAACUUGUCGAUCGGAAGACGUGACACGACGCGUCCGGACGCGACGACAAAACGUCGGUCUUGGCACACCAUUCAAUAUUUGCGGCGGACCUCUUUUGUUCUUUGUUGUCUCUCGAAAUCUCCGACUGGUCUCUCCUAAAUCGCCAACUGCCCUUUGCCCGAUCGCACUGGUCCCAGAUCGUCGGGUCGCCUGUUGACCCCGCGCAAUGGGACAUCACAAGAAUGCUCGCCGCGUGCCUAACGAAGGGCUUCCGUAUUCAG